AUGUCCAAUACAUAUAAUCCCCCAGGGUAUAAGCCACCCGUACUCGAAACAUUUGAACCCGAUGCCCCUCCAGUGGACAAGGAAGGAAAGAAGCUAUUUGAGGGAGAGAAGUUUCAUGUUAUCCCGAAUGAUAAGGAGAAGGAAAGGAUAGGUGAGGGACAUGGUUUGGACAUCUUCGAGAAAGUCAAGGGGUUCAUUGCAGAUCGAGCAGGUGGCACUCUCGUUCCUCUCGAUGAAGCGUCUUAUAUCCUGAUUCGUCAUCCGGAUAUCAAACGUUUCGCCAAGACAUUAGAUUCAGUAUGUGCAAGAAGAUUGAUCCACUUUGACUGGGUUAUGGACAGCUUGAUCGUGAGGCAAAGGGUCAGUAGGGAUCGAUAUUGGGGUACACCCAGAGAGAAGGAGAAGGCGGAAAAGCAUCACGCACCAGGGUCAGAUCUCACUUCUCAAGAUAUACCUCGAGAUCCUCGAAAACAUCAAGCCGUCCGUACCCCAGGUAAAAGUCAAGAUCAACACCAUUCAGGAUCUAUGAAUUGCUUCGCCUCGUCUUCAACUUCAAACUCCCAGUAUCACACACCACAGGGUGAGCCUUCCUGGUCCGAAGCAAGGAGAGCAUCAGAAUCAUAUCGAGCGGUAUCGGGUUAUAGUGAGCCCAGUAUACCUACCAUGCGCAGGUCAUCGUAUGAUAUGCCCAGACAAGUCAGCAAUUGCUUUGCGGGAAUAGGAUUCUACGUUAGUGGGCCGAUACCUGCUAAGCGUAACCUCGAGAGGAAGAUCAGAGAAUGCGAUGGUACGCGUUGCGAUAAUAUUCAACAAGCCUCGAAGGUUAUUGUUGUCGAUCCGAGAUUCUUAUUUGGGUUCAAAGAUGGAAAUUUGGGUGUCACUGUGUACGGGGAGAGACAGCUAUUCGGGGACUUCGAACUAUCGAGGAGGGCUGGAAAGAUAAUUUUGACAGAAGGUUUCAUCCAUGAUUGUCAUUAUAAGAGAAGAAUGCUGAAUGAAAAGGAAUAUGUGGUGGAGAAUGAGGAUUUGGAAGACUUUCAAUGUUGGGCGAGGACCAAAGAUGGGAAUCUUCUUCGAUCGAGACGGGAGCCCAACUUCUCGGUAUGUGGUCGAAGGGCGGAGGCAACAAGUGUGAACUCGGAGAGGCAGAGAGAUGUUUCGAGGUUCUACGCCACUCCUGAAUCGCCUGAAAGGCUUUUAGCCAAUCAACCUGUCGAAUCGCCAACUAGUAUCCUUAGAUCCAAAGAUGCGACUGUCACAUUCGAUUCUAAGGAUAUGAACAAUGUACAAGCGGAUGUCGAUGAGGAGGGGAGCAGUGUCGCUAUAGACCAAAGCUUAUUUCACCCUCACCCAGCCACAACAGAGUAUGAAGAUGACGAUUUCGAUAUAUGCUGUACAGAUUCGGAAAGUAAAUCCCUGGAAACGGAGGGGGAGUUCAGGAAUUUUGAUAGUCGAUCUUCCAGCCCAUUGUCCACCAUUGGCGAUGGGGUGAACGAUAACGUAGAGGAAGAUCCAUCUUAUACCGAGGCAAGUAGAGCCGGCAGAAAGAGGAAGGUUAAAGUAAAUGGCAUUAGUGAUCUUACCAGGAGGGACCCAAAAUGGCAUAAAAUCCAGCACGACGCAGUCCACCCAUGCGAUCAAGAAAAGUACGAGAGAUUGAUUCACGUCUUGAAGGUACAGAUGAAAAAUUCGGGCAGCCUUCCGAAAGGUGGUAUCAGAGCUUUUACUGCGUGUCAUGGGCUGCAAGCGGUCUACAGAAGAUACGCUACCUUGGUUAGAAGAGUUGUACCGGGACUACCAGAGUAUGGUGGUGCAGGUAGACCCAGGAAGACGAAGUUGAACCCCUGA